AUGUUUGCCAUUCUUCGAAGUUAUGGCAUCCCAGAAGAGAUCGAACAAGCCAUUCGUGUCCUCUAUGACGACUCAACAAGUAAGGUCUUCGUAGACAGUAAAUUUUCCAAAGAAUUCAAGGUCGCAACUGGCGUUUUGCAAGGAGACGUUCUAGCACCAUCUCUAUUUAUAAUUGUCAUGGAUUAUGUAAUGCGAGACGCAGAAGGAGAGUUUGGAUUUGUCACCCAUCUACGACAGUCUAGCAGAAUGCCAGAACAGCGCCUCAACGACCUCGCCUACGCCGAUAACAUCGCCCUACUAGAAGGAAGUCUCAUUCGAGCCCAACAACAGCUUGACAGAACAAACAACAGCGCACUCAAAGUAGGUCUCGAAAUAAAUGUCGGUAAAACAAAUCGAAUGGAACUCAAUACCUCAAAUGCAGCACAAGGUACACUCACGCUAAACGCUGAACCAAUCGAACUGGUUAUGGCAUCGUCUGAAAAAGACAUGAAGCACCGCAAAUGA